AAACAAGACCUGGUCACAUCGCACUCAAUUCGAGGUAAAAAUCUUAAACAAAAAGUCAAUCGUGAUAAAAAAAGUGCACUGAACUUCCGUAAAGAGUGCAGCAAACAGCAAACAACAACAAACAACAAUAAUAGUGUAAACAGUUAAAUCGAAAAUGGAUUUUGUGCAUGCCGAUAACGAUAACGAUAAUGAGCAUAAUCCGAAUUUAUCCUCGGCAAGCAGCAGCGCCAGCAUCAGCAACAACAGUAAUUUGCAGCCAGAGCCCACAACCACAACAACAUCUGCAUUAACAGCAACUGUUAAUGAAACUGCAGUCACUGGCAAUAGCGCAGCUGCAGCUCUGUUAUUUAACAUUGACAACAUAGACCAACACCGACAACAACAAGACCAACAAACUGAAGCUGAACAUGAGCAUUCUCCCACUCCUACUCAACAGGCAGCCGACAACUUAACAGACGCCGCACGUCUUGAGGAGCAGCAACAGCAGCAGCAGGAGCAGGUGGAGAACGAUCAGCGACUGCCGCCUCCGCCGCCGCCGCCAGAGUUAAUUGAAGCGAACGUCAUCGCCGAUACGAUAGACGCGGGCGCCAUUGAUAACGAUAACGAUAACGACGCCGUCGUGGAGCGUAUCGACGAUUACGACGACGAGGACGAAGGCGAAGGAGAGGGCGAAGGUGACGAGGACGACCUCUACGCUGGGGAGCACAAUCACGACGAGGAGGAGGCGGAGGCAGAAGACCAAGACCAAGAUCAGGCGCAGGAACAGGAGCAGGUGCAGCAAGGCGACGCUGCUGCCGUUGUCGUAGUCUACGACGCUGCCGCCGAAGUCGCUGCAUCUGGUGGUUCAUCUCAGCAGCAGCGAUUACAUUCAGUGGCCGUUUUACCCAGCUAUUCCACUGCACGUGCACCACUGCCACCGCUAUUGCGAGCGCCUCGCACCAACCACAACAACAACAAUAAUAAUAAUAACAACAGCUCAUCAGGGGGCAGCUCGCGCCGCACGCGUCACUUUUACAGUAACAACGGCAGCCACUUUAGCAACGAUAUGUACGCCGGCAGCCACAAAAGCUCCAGCCAGAGCCACAAUUCACCACGCACAGGAGGAGCAGGUGGAAGCGGGGCAGGAUCAGGUGCAACUACAUCAUCGGGUCGCAACUUCAAUCCGACUCAGCAAUCGCAACAGCAAGUUCAGGGCGUAGAUCCACUGCGUCUCCUCUAUCCCAAUGUCAAUGAGAGCGAGACACCGUUGCCACGCUGCUGGAGUCCACACGACAAGUGCCUCUCCAUUGGACUCUCCCACAACAAUCUACGUGUCACCUACAAAGGCAUGGGCAAACAACACAGCGAGGCAGCAGGAUCUGUGCGCACAGCAUAUCCGAUUCCUUCGUCCUGUGGCCUGUACUAUUUCGAGGUGCGCAUCAUUUCGAAGGGGCGCAACGGUUACAUGGGCAUUGGACUGACCGCCCAACAGUUUCGCAUGAAUCGCCUGCCAGGUGGGGACAAGCAAUCGUAUGGAUAUCAUGGCUACGAUGGUAACUCGUUCAGCUCUUCGUGCAAUGGGCAGUCGUAUGGACCUACAUUCACCACCGGCGACGUCAUUGGCUGCUGCGUCAACUUUGUGAACAACACUUGUUUCUACACCAAGAACGGCGUCGAUCUGGGCAUUGCAUUUAGAGACUUACCGACCAAACUCUAUCCGACAGUGGGUCUGCAAACGGCCGGCGAGGAAGUGGAUGCCAAUUUCGGUCAAGAGCCUUUCAAAUUUGAUAAAAUUGAGGAGAUGAUGCGAGAGAUGCGCGCCAAUGUAUUGCGUAAAAUCGACAGAUAUCCACAUCAUCUAGAUACCCCUGAAAAUUUGAUGAAUAGGCUGGUCUCCACCUAUUUGGUGCACAGUGGCUAUUGCAAGACAGCCGAGGCCUUCAAUGGCUACACACAGCAGCCCUUCGACGAAGACUUGCCCUCAAUCAAGACACGUCAAAAGAUAAUCAAGCUCAUACAGACGGGCAAAAUGAGCCAGGCCAUUGAGAAUACGCUGCGCGCCUAUCCGGGUCUCUUGGAAAACAAUAAAAAUCUUUGGUUUGCUCUCAAGUGUCGCCAAUUCAUUGAGAUGAUUAAUGGUGCUGAUGUUGAGCAUGCCAAUAACAAAGUAACCGCUACCACACAGACCAUGCCCACAAAUCAGACUUCGGUCAUACAGUCGACCAAAGCGUUCAAGCACAGCAAAGGCGGCGGCAGCAGUUGCACCACCAACCAGCCACAAAUCCACACUGCGAACUCAGCUGUGAUAAAACCAGGCGAUAAAACAGAUCCCAAAAUCAUGAUUAUUGAUGACAACUCCAACAAGUGUCCGGAGCACGAUUCGAAUAGCAUGGAUGUGGAAAUGGAGCCUUGCAACAGCCACUCCAAUGGCGAUUCCUGCUCUAAUGGCAAUGCCAGCGUAGCACGCAACUCUCUAGAUGCCAUCGAUGAGGAAAUGGAUGUUGAUGUGUCGCCCUCGUCUCGCAAUUAUGGGCGUGUCAUUGAGAAGAUACUUGAAUUUGGCAAGGAACUGUCCAGCAUGGGUCAGCAGCUGGAGAAGGAGAACCUCAUGACUGAAGAGGAGCGUCAAAUGUUGGAGGAUGCAUUUAGCUUGAUUGCCUACUCAAAUCCUUGGUCCAGUCCUUUGGGCUGGCUGUUGUGUCCUUCGCGACGUGAAAACGUUUCCACCACGCUCAAUUCAGCCAUAUUGGAGUCGCUCAAUUUUGAGCGCCGCCCGCCACUUGAAUAUUUGGUGGCGCAUGCGGCGGAGCUAUUGAAAAUAAUUGGACAGCAUUCGCUGGGCGAGGAUGCUUUCAUUACCAUCGACGAUGUGUUUCCGCAAAAUUGACCCAGUUCGCCGACGCUGCUGAAGAUGUUCGAGACCACGCUGACAAUGCCGCGGAGCAGCGUGCUAACCGAACCGCUAUGUAGCGUACCAUCCACAUCGACGGCCGCCGUCCAGACCAACAAACGGCGACGUCGUCGACGCAAUAAGCGUCGCCGCAAAUCGUCCAUAUCGAGCAGCGAGGCGGCGGCCACAUCAAGAACAUACGAUCCCGUCAUGACAGCCACCAGCAUACGCGGUAGCAGCAGCAGCAGUUCAGCGGGCACAGCGCGUCGUGGUCGACAUAGGGGCGUCAGUUCCGCAUCAGCAACAGCAGCAGCGUCGGCAGCAGCAGCAGCAGCAGCGGCGGCAGCAGUAACAACAGCAGCGGCAGCAGCAGCAACAACAACAACAACAGCUUCAUCAACAGCUCCAUCAUCGGCCAUUGGCGUUGGCAAUAGCCAGGCGAUAUUUGUGGAACCGCACGACUUCUUCGAGACGCUCGACUAGAUUAAGAUUAUAAACAAUCUGUAAUCAGUUAUAGGUUAAUUCUGUUGUUACUUCAAAUUUUUUUAUAUGCGCCCAUGCGCCUAUUUAAAUGCCCUUCUUUAAAUAUUUUCAACUUACGUAAAACUAAUACGGUGAAAUUCAAUAAGUUCCGCAAAUUGUGGUUUGGUUACUUUUUUUUUGGUUUAGCGAGAUUUUAAUAAAGUUGUAAAACAUAUUUUUAUAUAUUUAGCCUUUCGGAUAUAAGCAUAAAAAAUGUGUGUGUAAUAUUAUAUUAUGUAUAAUUAAACAAUAUUGAAACCGUGCUGCGCCACGCCCACUCUGGAAAUAACUAGCCCACAUGUUUUUGUGUAUUGUUUUGUUUUAUUUGCGGAUGCGCUCGGAAGAUCACGCGAAAACAACACCAAAAUAGUCUUUUAACAAAAAAAAAAAACACCAACGCAAAUCUUUAGCAUAUUUAAAAAAGUGUUCGUUCAUUUAACUUUAAACUAGAGAUUACAACAAUUUAAUCGCUUGAUCAAAUAUAGCUAACAAAAUUGUGAACAAUUCAAAUAAACUCUAUAUAUAUA